CACCUGUCCUAUGUGUGGGUGUGGUCUCUGCUCAUGGUGCACUGUUCGAACUUCUGGAAGUGGUUCAUGGUUCCAGGUUUGAUUUUCCUGCUGGAGAAGAUCGUGGGGAUGGCCGUCUCUCGGAUGGGAGGCCUUUACAUCGUGGAGGUCAACAUGCUGCCCUCCAAGGUGACUCACCUGGUGAUCAAACGUCCUCAGUUCUUCCACUUCAAACCAGGAGAUUACGUCUACAUUAACAUCCCCGCCAUCGCCAAGUACGAGUGGCACCCCUUCACCAUCAGCAGCCCCCCCGAGCAGUCAGACAGUCUGUGGCUUCACAUCCGCUCCAUGGGUCAAUGGACCAACCGCCUGUACGAGUUCUUCAGAACCCAGGAGGAGCAGCUGGAGCCCAAGAGACUGAGCGCCAGUCUGAGGAGACGCAGGGGAGCGGAGGAGUUCUUCAGCUCUACAGACUGUAACGGUGUAGCUUCUAAUGAGGACGAGGCCAUCGAGCUGAAGAUGUACCGUCAGAGAGGAUUUACCCCGCCCCUAGACCCCCAAGCCCCGCCCCCAGACCCUGCAGAGCCUCCUCCUGAUAGGCUGGAGCCAGCGGAGAGAGGAGAGGCUCCUCCCCUCAGAGAGGUCCCUGCCAAGCUGGGCGAGAAUCACCGAGUCUGCAACAUCAAGUGUUAUGUGGACGGACCCUAUGGGACCCCCACGCGGCAGAUCUUCGCCUCGGAGCAUGCGGUUCUGAUCGGGGCCGGGAUCGGGAUCACACCCUUCGCCUCCAUCCUGCAGAGCAUCAUGUACCGAUACCGCAUGAGGAAGCAGAACUGCCCCAGCUGUAAAUACUCCUGGUGCGAGAACAUGAAAGACAGCGACAUGACGUUACGCAAAGUGGAUUUCAUCUGGAUCAACCGAGACCAGAAGUCCUUCGAAUGGUUCGUUAGUUUGCUGACCAACAUGGAGAUGGACCAGGCCGACGAGGAGCCAGAAG